GGGAACGAGGAACGAUCAAACAUUAAGAAAUUCAUACAAUUUGGCCCCUACGAAGGCGAUCGAGCAUUUAUACUUUGCUUUUGUCGAAAGAAGCCACAUUUAUUGUGAAUUGGCAAAAUAUUCAUACACGUUACAUAGCAGUUGUUGUCGUUACAAGAAAUCUGUCCUGUGUUGUUUACACGAAUGCUUUCACAUCGUUUAAGGGGCGUCGCAGUCAUGGAUGGAAAAGAUGAUGGCAGUUCAAGUCAGCAACGAACGUCUCAGGAUCACCCCUUAGCAGCAGGAACAACAACCGCACCAAUUUCGUCACUCAACACCGCCAAGUCAGGCCCGGAACCGUGCCACGACAGUAAUCGCCAGCUUGAUCUCCCGCCGAGUGAAAUCUUAUCUCGACCACACGGCGACGAUGGAAUGGAAAGUAUGGACCACCGCCGGCCGAUGGGUAAGCGCAGCGGGCGAGGCGAGGUCAGCAGUGGGCUGACGCACGAGUGCGGCGUGUUUGGGGCGAUAGCAACGGGCGACUGGCCGACGCAGAUCGACGUCGCGCAGGUCAUCUGCCUCGGGCUGGUGGCACUGCAGCACCGCGGCCAAGAAUCGGCUGGCAUCGUGACAAGUGAGGGUGGCCCGGAGGCGAUCAACUUCAACGUGCACAAGGGCAUGGGCAUGAUUAACAACAUAUUUACGGACGACUCGAUGAAGAAACUGCGGGGCAGUCUGGGCAUCGGGCACACGCGCUACUCUACGUCGGCCGCCUCCGAAGAGGUCAACUGCCAACCGUUUGUCGUCCAUACGGCCCACGGCGCACUGGCCGUGGCGCAUAAUGGCGAGCUGGUGAACUGCGAGAGUCUGCGAAAGGAUGUGCUGUCGCGAGGUGUUGGCCUCUCCACGCACAGCGACUCUGAGCUGAUUACCCAAGCGCUCUGUCUGAAUCCGCCCGAGGGUGAGGUGGACGGGCCGGACUGGCCAGCGCGCAUCAAACACCUGAUGAAGCUGGCCCCCCUUUCCUACUCGCUCGUGAUAAUGCUCAAGGACAAGAUCUACGGCGUUCGUGAUCCGUACGGCAACCGGCCGCUCUGCAUCGGCAAGAUCGUACCACUCACUAUCGGCGCCUAUCGUCAUGGUAUGAAAGUCGAUCGACUGCCGGCCGAAGGUUGGGUUAUAUCCAGCGAAAGCUGUGGAUUUUUGUCGAUCGGAGCUCGAUACGUGCGUGAGGUGGAACCCGGUGAAAUUGUUGAACUGACGCGGGACGGUCCCAAAACGAUCGACAUCGUCGACUGUCCGGAGAGCCGACGGCAUGCCUUCUGCAUCUUCGAGUAUGUGUAUUUCGCCCGCUCGGAUUCCAUAUUCGAGGGACAAAUGGUGUACUCGGUGCGGCUACAGUGCGGGCGCCAGCUGGCUCGCGAGGCGGGUGUGGAUGCGGACAUCGUUAGCUCGGUGCCAGAGUCGGGAACUGCUGCUGCUCACGGUUUCGCGCGGGAGACAAACAUGAAUUUUGCCGAAGUGCUGUGCAAAAACCGUUAUGUAGGGCGUACUUUCAUUCAACCGUCAACCCGCCUUAGGCAACUGGGUGUGGCGAAGAAGUUCGGUGCGCUGUCUGAGAACGUGGCUGGCAAACGCUUGGUACUGGUCGACGAUUCCAUUGUGCGGGGCAACACCAUUGGACCAAUCAUCAAGUUGCUGCGCGAUGCGGGCGCUCUCGAGGUACACAUCCGGAUAGCAAGCCCGCCGCUGCUUUAUCCGUGCUACAUGGGGAUCAACAUACCGACGCGCGGGGAGCUGAUCGCGAACAAGCUGCACGCGGAAGACCUGGCCGAGUACCUCGGGGCAGAUAGCCUAGCAUACCUGAGCGUCGAGGGCCUAAAAAAGGCAGUCCAGUUGAACAUGGUGCCAAAAAAACCGGAACAGGUCGGACACUGUACAGCCUGCCUGACAGGGGAAUACCCAGGUGGACUUCCGGAAGAGUUGGAAUGGUAGAAGGUGGUUGUAAACGACUUACACACAACGCAGCCACAAAUCCGAUUCAACUACUUCUGUCUUCUGUCUUCGUAGUAUAACUGUUAAAUACUUUACCUGCUUCCGCGCUAGCGAAUAAGAAGAUGACCCUUGGAGCCCUUGGAGCGUUUCGAACCCAAGGGAAAGCGAGAAAAUACAGUUAAAAUAGAGAUACGCAACAAGUGAGAGAAGAAACGACACAGGUAGAGAGUGAGAGAGGGGGGGAGGUACGGAAAGAGAAAGACAGAGGUAAAUAGGCGUAUUUAGAAACAUAGUAGGACAUCAGAAUUCUUACGAAAUACAGAAAGGCAUUGCCGCUUGACAAUAAAGUAUGUGUUCUCAAACAGAUUGCCGA